UAGGAUGGCCUGUUGGAGAGUCAAACAGUGCUGAGAACUGAGCCGGGGAGGAGAGAGGCAGAGGCGAUGGCUGGCCACGCGUCGGAGCUUGAGUUCCCCUUCGUCCAGGACGUCCAGCUCACCAAGUGCAUGCGGCUGCGGGCACAGAGUCUCCAGCAGAGGAACGAGCGGCCGCAGGAUGGCGAGAAGCUGCUGCGGCCCAACGAGUACAUCUACAGGGUGGAUUUCGUCCAGCAGCACAAUCUGUACUUCCUGCGCUGGAAGAUCCAGAUGGAGAAAGCGGGGAAGGUGACGGUGAUGGGCACCUCCCAGCACUGGACGCCCGACCUCACCAACCUCAUGAACAGGCAGCUGCUGGAGCCAGUGGGCAUCUUCUGGAAGCAGCCAGGGACCAAGGAAGUGGAGUGUAACGAGGCGGAUGCCCAGGAGUUCGGGGAGAGGCUGAUGGAGCUGGCCAAGAUCCGCAAGGUGAUGUACUUCCUCCUCUCCUUCACCGAUGGCCUCGACCCAGCCCACCUCAAGUGCUCUGUAGUGUUCAAAGCCUGAUCGAUCCCAUCCGGGGCAGAUCCCACACCUCUUGCCCCCAACCUCUUCAUGUUUCCGUCUCUUCGCUUCGAUUCAGUGAUUGGUCAUUUCUUUUAAAGGGACAGCAUGACAAAAAAUGUGCCGUGUUGAUUCGCAGCCGGCAGUCAUGGUUUGAGAAUAGGCAGGUGACUAUAACGCUGCCCCGGCUGCUCCCCACUGUGCCGGGAGACUUUCCCCAGCAGGUUGUGUCUUGUGGCUGGCUGGAUGGAGAGGACGGUUGCUUUAGUAACCUGGAAUGCAGUAUUGCAUGCAGUUAAUUCAGCUGUGCAAGGUGAGCUGUUUGACUGGCAGCCUGCUGAGAUGGGGACGAGCUGACUUGAAAGCUGUGGGCCUGCCCUGAUCAAACCUGACCGACUGCCUUACAUAGAAGUUAAAGGUCUCGUGGAAAUAUUAAGGAUCUCUACUGCAUGUCGUCGUGUGGAGUAAGGAAGGUGACGCAGACCAGCGCUCUGAGCUCCAGUCUCAAGGCCAUCAUUUUCAAACGUGUCAGGUGACUUUGGAUACCCAGCUUUCCAGAGACUUGUUUUCAGAGGAGCUGAACGUCUGCAGCUCACGUUGACCUCAGCUGGAUCUGUGGAGCUCAGUACCUCUGAAGAUCAUGCCCCAGGGAGUCUCGGGGUGCCCCUCACGCCCUCACCUAAUGCAUCGGAAAUCAAUGGCCACUUUUGCAAAUUUCAGGCCUGCUGGUCAAACCCCAGUGAGGACUUCAGGCUUUGGACCCAUGUUAACGUCAGCAGCUCAUCUGUUCCCUAGUGCACAGAGAGUAACUCUCACGGUGCAUUUGCCUUGCUGUGGUACAAAUUGAACUCGGUGACAAUGUGCUGCCUGAGGAUGUUAUGUAUUGAAAACAGUUGGAAGAUCAAUCUGCUGCAGUGUGCCGAGCUAAGAAAGUUAUAGGGGCAGAGCAAAGGUUUCUGAGAAGAGUUUAACCCUGUGUAGCUCUGAGCCAGAUGUGGGUCUUCUGCAGUGUUCUUCCUUUGUAGAGUACAGUACAGCUGAUAUAUACAAGCUUCCCUGUGCAGGGGAUGGGGAAAGCUCAUUUCUUUGCCAAAGAGAGGCUCUGAACUGCAAGGCGACCGUGGAAGCAGCUGGAGUGGCAGCCACGACGUGCGCAGCAAAGGAGUGGGGCCGGAAGGCAGGCAGAUGUGCCUGAGGGUCACGCAAGCUGGUGAGAUAGCGUCAGACACGUGCAGAAGACAGCUCCCUUGCCUGUGGUACCAGAGGGGCGUGGGUCUUUUCAGGAGAAAACAACAACAUGGCCGGUGCAUUCUUCUGUGCUGUCACUUUUAUUUGUUUGGCUCUCUCUGUCUCUGUUUAGAGCCGUUGCCUGAAGAAAACGAGGCACCGGGUGAUCAGGAAUAGCAGUUUUUCCUAUUCCCUUUUGUCACAAAACGUAGCAACUUUGGGCCAGAUUUUGCUCUGGUAUUUUAACAGGAACCUUCCACCGAAACCACCCCCACACAUCCCAGAGCAGAGUUUGGCUCCUGGCCUGAAAUGCCACAUGGGCCAAUCAGACUGUCCCAGCACUAGCCAUUACCGAAAUCGCUGUUAUGAGUCGUCAGGACACUUGAACAGUAAUUCAUUGUUUGUGUCUCACCGCCUGUGUCGAGUUCAUGCUGCGCUUAUCCUGCUGGGUAUGUAUUUGUGUACAGUGGAAAAUAAAAGCCCUUAAGGAAUGAGGUUGGAUGUGUCUCCCUCUGACCUAAAAUGGC